AUGAAAAAAAUUUACGUCGAUUUUGCAUCCACAAUAAUAGAAAUAAAAAAAAAUUGGGCUUCAAAGCUUAGAAUUUAUAAGAUUUUUCCAAGACAACACAAAAGGACUGGGUCAGCAAGAACAAAAAAAUGUGUGGAUAAAAGUAGAGCAGCGCAGAACAAAAAUUGUCAGCGGUGUUAUCGCUGGGAGCUGAUGUGCUGCCGGAGUACAAAUUACAACCAACCAGUCCAGCUGUUCUGGAGUGAUCCAGAGAACCUGGGCAGUGUAAAGGUUGGGAAAUGGGGAUUGACGGAAGCGAUAUUUAAGCUUUGUAGUGCCAAUGUUUCAAUGAAGAAAACCUUACCGAGAACUGCGGCAUGGAGGUUUACUCCGGUGCUCCUAACAACAGAACACCGGAUCCAUCACUGCACAAUUGUACACUACUCGCCGUUUAAGGCGGUAUGGGAUUGGAUUAUUCUUUUACUCGUUAUUUACACUGCCAUUUUUACGCCUUAUGUAGCUGCUUUUUUGUUACCAGAGAGCGAUAUAACUGAGCGUUUCCAAAUAUUGGUACUUGAGAAGAACAGUAAUAGAAUUCUUUGUUGCCAUCCGAUUGUUAAACGACUAUCUAUGCAUUAUAGAACAAUCUACUUAGCAAAAUCUUGA